AUGGUCCAGGAUAUCGACCUGACGAUCCCCCAAUCCGGCAUCUGUGCAGAUGCCCCGGACUACGCAGUAUGUAGACUAGUCGUGAGAAUGAAAAACAGACAAACCAUGCCGGUACUCGAUAAAGUAAUUGACCGGCGACACCACGCUACACUCUCCCUCGUGGACACUCAUCACCAGGACACCAUCUUCUUAUCGUUUGCCCCGAUGGUCACUCCAUUCCCUUCUUGA